AUGGAAGCUCAAGAUCAACAGGAAUUUUGCAAAGGAUAUACUCAAGCACCUUCCGAUUAUGGUGUAAUAAAUAAUUUUCUUAAUGCUUUGAAAACUAUAAAGAGUCAAAACAUAGAAAAUUUCAGACAAAUUAUUAAUAUUAACGAAUAUAUGACUCCAAUUGAUCCAAAAGAAGUUGCAACAUAUAUCUCAAAUAAUAUUCUU